CGCUGCUGGGAGUGUGGGGGCGGAGGACCUGAGUGCAAAGACUUGCUCUUCCCCAGCUUUUAUUAUGAAAAUCUAAAAUUACUGAAAUGUUGAGAAAAUUGUGUCUACCACCUUUGUUCUCUACGGACACUCCAUUUUAAUUUUGGAAAAAUAGGGCUGAAAGGGCUUUUACUUUUCCUGCUGAGAACUGUAAUUCCACUCCUGCAUUUUCCGCGUCCUCACCUUAGAAGAAUUACAUUUGAAGCGGGGGUUCCUGUGCUUUGCUGAUUCAUCCUUCUGUGUACCAGCUGUGGGGCACUAACUUACUUUACAGAAGUGGGCAUCAAUAUAGCAGAACAGGCUCUUUCUCAAGUGUGGAGGGUAGUGUGUCCCUGCUCCUCUCCUGCCUCAUGUUUGAAACCAAAACCAGUGGGGCAAAGAGAGCCAAGAGCUCCUGCACCUUUCCCCAGACCAGUGAGUCUCUGACGUUUUCACCAUUUAGCGGGUUUAAAGACCCUCAGUCCUUCUUACCUAUAGAAGGCUCAGUGGGGUCCUGAUUUUAGUUCAUGGAAAGCAGAUUUUUGCAGCUUCUUAAAAUGUACUCCAAAGGUCACCCGAUAGGCAGUAUUUAGUCUCCAGCUGAAUGGAGAUAUUUGAAAUGGAAACCACUAACUUUUAGAAAGAGGGAGGAGGCUGCUAAGUGUGGAUCUGGUCUUGGCUCUCAGGGAGGACCCAACAGUCAACUGGCCCCUCUUGCCCAGUUCUUAGAGGGAAAGAGUGCUUUGAGAUCUGGUGGCUGAAGUGGCCAUCGGGAGAGCCCAGAGCAGAUUUAGGGAUGAUGACCAUAGUGGAAGACAGGUAGGUGGAAGAACCCAGAGGAUUUACAUGGUACAUGGCUAUUUGGUUUUCCUCUGUUGUCCUGCCUCAUCCUCACAACUUAACGCUAGGGAGAAGUGCAUGGGAUGGGCAUUAAACUCAUAGAGGGAUCUAAGGGAACAGAAGAGUUGGGGCGCUUUUUUGAGAGCCAAGGAGGGAUCUCUACAAGGCUAUCACACAUCACAUCUAUAAAAGGCAACUGUCUGGCAGUGGUGUGGCACUGGUGACACUGUUCCCAGAACCUGGGACUGGCUCCAGAUAUCGUCCAGCAACCCUGCUGCCCAGAGCCCCUCACAUAUGCUCUGGGGUGAGUCAGUCCUGGGUUUCUAACUAAGGGGUGAGAAUGUACCAUCCUGAUGCCCUCUCUCUUUCUCCAGAUCGGGCCCAGCACAGGCAGCGUCAGUGCAAACUUCCCCCACCCCGCCUUCCACCCAUGUGUGUCAACCCUGCCCCUGGAGGGACCAUCUCUCGAGCUUCUAGGGACCUAUUAAAAGAGUUCCCACAGCCCAAAAACCUUCUCAACAGUGUGAUUGGAAGAGCCCUUGGCAUCUCACAUGCAAAGGACAAACUGGUCUACGUGCACACAAAUGGACCGAAGAAAAAGAAAGUCACCCUCCACAUAAAGUGGCCCAAGACCGUGGAGGUGGAAGGCUAUGGCAGCAAGAAGAUCGACGCUGAGCGGCAGGCUGCGGCCGCGGCCUGCCAGCUGUUCAAGGGCUGGGGUCUGCUGGGUCCCCGGAAUGAGCUGUUUGAUGCAGCCAAAUACCGCGUGCUAGCCGACCGCUUUGGCUCUCCCGCUGAUAGCUGGUGGCGCCCAGAACCCACCAUGCCACCCACUUCCUGGCGGCAGCUGAAUCCUGAGGGCAUCCGGCCAGGGGGACCUGGGGGCCUAUCCCGCCCCUUGGGCCGAGAGGAAGAGGAAGACGAGGAAGAAGAGCUCGAAGAGGGGACCAUUGAUGUCACCGACUUUCUGUCCAUGACCCAGCAGGACACCCCACUCAGGGGGGGUUCCCUUGAAAUGACAGACGACGACAGUGCUAUUAGGGCUUUGACCCAGUUCCCGCUUCCCAAGAACCUUCUGGCCAAGGUGAUUCAGAUAGCAACAUCGUCCUCCACAGCUAAGAACCUCAUGCAGUUUCAUACUGUGGGCACCAAGACCAAGUUGUCCACCCUCACCCUGCUCUGGCCCUGUCCCAUGACCUUUGUUGCCAAAGGGCGCCGCAAAGCAGAGGCUGAGAAUAAGGCGGCAGCCUUGGCCUGCAAGAAGCUGAAGAGCCUGGGCCUGGUGGACCGGAACAACGAACCACUCACCCACGCCAUGUACAAUCUGGCCUCUUUGCGGGAGCUGGGCGAGACCCAACGCCGGCCAUGUACCAUCCAGGUGCCUGAGCCCAUCCUCCGCAAGAUAGAGACUUUUCUGAACCAUUACCCUGUGGACAAUUCAUGGAUCUCCCCAGAGCUCCGGCUGCAGAGUGAUGACAUCUUGCCCUUGGGCAAGGACUCAGGGCCCCUGAGUGACCCUAUCACAGGCAAGCCCUACCUGCCCCUGUCAGAAGUAGAGGAGGUGCGUUUGAGCCAGAGCCUGCUAGAGCUGUGGCGGCGGCGGGGGCCCAUCUGGCAGGAGGCCCCCCAGCUCCCUGUGGACCCACAUCGGGACACCAUCCUCAAUGCCAUUGAGCAGCACCCGGUGGUAGUCAUCUCCGGGGACACGGGCUGUGGGAAAACCACACGCAUCCCCCAGUUGCUACUGGAACGCUACGUGACCGAGGGGCGUGGUGCCCGCUGCAAUGUGAUCAUCACCCAACCACGCCGCAUCUCGGCUGUAUCUGUGGCGCAGCGGGUCAGCCAUGAACUGGGCCCCUCCCUGCGCCGGAAUGUGGGGUUCCAGGUGCGGUUGGAAAGCAAGCCUCCAGCCCGGGGCGGGGCCCUGCUCUUCUGCACUGUGGGCAUCCUGCUACGGAAGCUGCAGAGCAACCCCAGCCUGGAGGGUGUGAGCCACGUCAUCGUGGACGAGGUGCAUGAGCGGGACGUGAACACUGACUUCCUGCUGAUUCUGCUCAAGGGCCUGCAGCGCCUUAACCCAGCCCUGCGGCUGGUGCUCAUGAGUGCCACAGGCGAUAAUGAGCGCUUCUCCCGCUACUUUGGUGGCUGCCCUGUCAUCAAGGUGCCCGGCUUCAUGUAUCCUGUUAAGGAACACUACCUGGAGGACAUCCUGGCCAGGCUGGGAAAGCACCAAUACCCACACCGGCACCGGCAUCAUGAGUCUGAGGAUGAAUGUGCACUCGAUUUGGACCUCGUGACUGAUCUGGUUCUGCACAUUGAUGCCCGCGGGGAGCCAGGUGGGAUCCUCUGCUUCCUGCCUGGCUGGCAGGAGAUCAAAGGGGUGCAGCAGCGCCUACAAGAAGCCCUGGGCAUUCACGAGAGCAAGUACCUCAUCCUGCCAGUGCACUCCAACAUCCCCAUGAUGGACCAGAAGGCCAUAUUCCAGCAGCCACCAGUUGGGGUGCGCAAGAUUGUCUUGGCCACCAAUAUUGCUGAGACCUCCAUCACAAUCAAUGACAUUGUGCAUGUGGUGGACAGCGGUCUGCACAAGGAGGAACGCUAUGACCUGAAGACCAAGGUGUCCUGCCUGGAGACGGUGUGGGUGUCACGAGCCAAUGUGAUCCAGCGCCGGGGCCGGGCGGGCCGCUGCCAGUCAGGCUUUGCUUACCACCUGUUCCCGCGGAGCCGGCUGGAGAAAAUGGUCCCAUUCCAAGUGCCAGAGAUCCUGCGCACACCCCUCGAGAACCUGGUGCUGCAAGCCAAGAUCCACAUGCCUGAGAAGACGGCGGUGGAGUUUCUCUCCAAGGCUGUGGACAGUCCAAACAUUAAGGCAGUGGAUGAGGCUGUGAUCUUGCUCCAGGAGAUUGGGGUGCUGGACCAGCGAGAGUACCUGACCACUCUGGGGCAGCGCCUGGCCCACAUCUCCACCGACCCCCGGCUGGCCAAGGCCAUAGUGCUGGCCGCCAUAUUCCGUUGCCUACACCCACUGCUAGUGGUCGUUUCCUGCCUCACCCGGGACCCCUUCAGCAGCAGCCUGCAGAACCGAGCAGAGGUGGACAAGGUGAAGGCACUGUUGAGCCAUGACAGUGGCAGUGACCACCUGGCCUUCGUGCGGGCUGUAGCUGGCUGGGAGGAGGUCCUGCGCUGGCAGGACCGCAGCUCCCGUGAGAACUACCUGGAGGAGAACCUGCUGUACGCGCCCAGCCUGCGCUUCAUCCAUGGACUAAUCAAGCAGUUCUCCGAGAACAUUUAUGAGGCUUUCCUGGUGGGGAAGCCCUCAGACUGCACCCUGGCCUCAGCCCAGUGCAACGAGUACAGUGAGGAGGAGGAGCUGGUGAAGGGCGUGCUGAUGGCGGGUCUCUACCCCAACCUUAUCCAGGUGCGGCAGGGCAAGGUGACCCGGCAGGGCAAGUUCAAGCCCAACAGUGUCACAUACAGGACCAAAUCAGGCAACAUCUUGCUGCACAAGUCAACCAUUAACAGGGAGGCCACACGGUUACGGAGCCGAUGGCUGACAUAUUUCAUGGCUGUCAAAUCCAACGGCAGUGUCUUUGUCCGGGACUCCUCCCAGGUGCACCCACUGGCUGUGCUGCUACUAACCGAUGGGGACGUCCACAUCCGUGAUGAUGGGCGCCGGGCCACCAUCUCACUGAGUGACAGUGAUCUGCUGAGGUUGGAGGGUGACUCGCGCACUGUGCGGCUGCUGAGGGAGCUGCGCCGGGCCCUGGGCCGCAUGGUGGAGCGGAGCCUGCGCAGUGAGCUGGCCGCUCUGCCCUUUGAGGUACAGCAGGAGCACGGGCAGCUGCUGGCCCUGCUGGCAGAACUGCUGCGUGGGCCCUGUGGCAGCUUUGAUGUGCGCAAGUCGGCUGAUGACUGAGCCCUGCGUCUGCUGGGGCUGUGUACAGAGUGCAAAUGUUUAUUUAAAAUAAAGUUCUAUUUAUCCCUUGUGA